UGCAUUCUUUUCCAUUAGGAAGAAAUCGAUGAUAAGUAAACAUACGGCUUUGAUGAUGGGAAAGAAAGAACAUUCUGCGGCCGCACAGAAAAUUGAGGGAUUAAUUUCUUCGAGGAGAUAUACCUACAAAGAUAUCAAGAGGAUGACCAAUUCUUUCCAGGAAAAGUUAGGUCAAGGAGGCUAUGGUUAUGUGUACAAAGGCAAGCUUCGAGACGGUCAACCUGUGGCCGUGAAGCUUCUGAAGAAACUGAAAGGCGAUGGGGAAGAAUUUAUCAAUGAAGUCGUGAGCAUAAGCAGGACUUCUCAUGUGAAUGUUGUCAGCCUUCUGGGCUUUUGCUUUGAGGGAAGCAAAAGAGCUCUAGUUUAUGAGUUCAUGCCUAACGGAUCACUGGAAAAGUUCAUAUUCAAAAGCGACACUUCAAAGGCAAAUCAGCAAUUGAGUUGGGAGACAUUAUACAACAUCUCCCUAGGCAUAGCGCAAGGGCUAGAGUACCUGCAUCGAGGAUGUAAUGCCAGGAUUUUGCAUUUUGAUAUAAAGCCUCACAACAUUCUUCUCGAUCGGAAUUAUUGUCCCAAGAUUUCUGACUUUGGUCUUGCCAAAAUAUGUCCUAGAGAAGAGAGUAUUGUGUCGAUGUUGGGUGCGCGCGGCACUGUAGGCUACAUUGCUCCGGAAUUGGUCAUAAGGAACAUCGGAGGGGUCUCUCACAAAUCGGAUGUCUACAGUUAUGGCAUGAUGGUUAUGGAAAUGGUCGGCGGGAGAAAGAACUUUGAAGUUGGGGUGGACCGUACUAGCGAAAUAUAUUUCCCUCUUUGGAUUCACCGACGCCUUGAACUUCAGGAAGAACUCGGGUUGCGUGGUAUCACGAAUGAGGAAGACGAAGGAAUCGCGAAGAAGAUGAUCAUAAUCAGCUUGUGGUGCAUUCAGAUUGAUCCAAGAGAUCGACCAGCAAUGACUCAAGUCGUGGGGAUGCUAAAAGGAAGUGUUGAGGCCUUGCAAAUUCCUGCCAAGCCAACAUUGUCAUCCCCGUCAUUGAGAUCCCCAGUAGUUACUACAGAUGAGAGUUCAUUGCUGCAAUUUGAGAUCACUACAGCACCUGUAUAAAGUU